UAACCAAUAACCAUAAUCAACCCCACCAAGUCACCAAAGCCCCACUUUUCUCUCUCUACCGCUCUCUAAAACUAUUAUCUAUAAUCAACAUCAUUAAUUCUCGAUCAUCGUCUGUUCUUUAGGUACUUAUCAUCAUCUCCUUCUUCAAUCUUUUUUUGCCUCUGUAAACCAACAAAUUUUUGUUCUCAUGGGACUCAUAACAAAUCUUAGAGACCUAAUAGGGAUAAUCAAGGACAAGGCUUCUCAAAGCAAGGCAGCCAUAAUCUCGAAGCCCAAAACCUUGUCUCUCAACUUAGCCCUCCUUAGAGCCACAACCCACGACCCCUUUGCACCUCCAAACCCAAAGCACAUCACCACCAUGCUUUCCUAUGGCUACAGCUCACGUGCCACUGCUUCUGCUGCCAUUGAAGCCCUUAUGGACCGGCUGCAGUCUACCCAUGACUCCUCCGUGGCUAUCAAGUGCCUCGCCGUUGUCCAUCACAUAAUCAAGGAUGGUAGUUUUAUCCUCCAAGAUCAGCUCUCUGUUUAUCCGUCCACAGGCGGCAGAAACUACCUCAAACUAUCAAGCUUUAGAGAUAACACCACACCCGUGACAUGGGAAUUAUCUUCAUGGGUUAGAUGGUAUGCUCGAUACCUUGAACAUCUCUUAUCAACAUCGAGGGUUCUGGGUUUCUUUCUGUGUUCUACUUCAAGCACAGCAGAGAAAGAUAAAGAAGAAGAGAAAGUUUCAGCACUAACAAACCCUGAUCUUCUCAGAGAGAUAGAUUCUUUGACGAGCUUAAUGGAAGAAAUAUGUAACAGACCAGAUUCUUUACAUAUGCAUGGAAAUGAAUUAUUGGAGCAGAUCAUAAGUUUGGUGGGAGAAGAUUAUUUGUCAUCAAUAAACGAAAUCUCAAUCCGAGUGGACGAGGUUAACCAUAGACUGAGUUGCCUGAGUUUCGUUGACUCGGUUGAGUUGGUAUGCGUGUUGAAAAGAUUGGAGGAUUGCAAAGAGAGGCUAUUAGCUUUAUCAAGUCGAAAGAAAGCAUUGGUUGAGAGCCUUUGGAGUUUGAUCAGUGAAAUGAAGGGAAAGGUUGGGGAUGGAAAAGCGUAUAAAGAGGAGGGGAGGUUGCUGCUUACCAUGGGAAGGAAAGAUGCUGGAAGUGAGUCAGCUCGGUUUGGAGAGCGAGCUUUAAGUUAUAGUGACUCAGUUCGAUUUUCAUCUGCAAGAUUUGGAUUGAAUGAGUAUGCGUUGCAGGUUAACGUAGAAUCAGUCGAAUCAUGUGCCUGAUGAGAUUAUUUUUUUCUUUUAAGUGGGACAUAUUUUGGAUAUAUUCUCAAAUUAUGGUCAGUCCAAAUUAUGAUAUUUGGUGUGUGAUAUCGAUUUAAUUAA